AUGGGGGCCAUUCAUAUGUACACAAGCCCGGUCAACCCGGUUGUCUUCCCACACCUGACUGUGGUACUUCUGGCCAUUGGCAUGUUCUUCACUGCCUGGUCCUUCAUUUACAAGGUCACCUCCACCAAGUACACAUGUGACAUUUACAAAGAGCUUCUCAUCUCCUUGGUGGUGUCACUCUUCAUGGGCUUUGGCGUCCUCUUCCUCCUGCUCUGGGUUGGCAUCUACGCAUGA